AUGCUGUAUUACAGUGGCUAUACUAGGCGAAUAGGAGAUGUCGACGAAGGCAGCACCGUCACUGACUUCUUGCCUGCUGAACGCGCACGAGGAAUAACGAUUCAGUCCGCUGCAAUCUCGUUCUCCUGGCCACCGUCCCCGCACCAUCGAUGGAUCCCGGACAGCACUCCAGAGAAGGCUCAGCAGCCACGACACUUGACACCCCACAACGUUAACCUUAUCGACACGCCUGGACAUGCCGACUUUACGUUCGAAGUCCUGCGUUCACUCCGAGUGCUUGACGGCGCGGUCUGCAUCCUUGACGGCGUAGCGGGCGUGGAAGCGCAAACCGAAAAGGUGUGGUCGCAAGCUUCCGCCUACCAGAUUCCCAGGCUUGUCUAUGUCAACAAACUCGACCGAGAUGGUGCAGCUUUCGGUAAGACCGUCAAGGAGGUUGGGGUUAGGCUUAACGUCUGGCCGGCUGUCUGUUCGAUCCCAUGGUGGAGCAGUGAAGGCUCCCUGAGGGGGCUGGGCGAUGUGAUCAAUCUUCGAGGCCUUAGUUAUGCUUCGGGCGGAGACGGUAAGCAAGUCGAUGUGUUUGCUCUCGAGCAGUUAAGUGCGGUUGACGCUGAGCUAGCCAAGGAGUUGAGCAAGGCGAGGAUUGCGCUUGUCGAGCUACUUGCCGAACAUGAUGAGGAAAUGGUGGAGAAGUACCUCGAAGUAGACGAGGAUCAUCUCGCGAUCCCUCCUACGCACAUUGUUGCAAGCUUACGGAGAUGCAUCCUUCAUCAUCCACAGCAGGUCACUCCUGUCUUUGCCGGAGCUAGUUUCCGCAAUGUUGGCGUGCAGCCGCUGUUAGACGCUGUCGUUGACCUGCUACCAUCACCGCACGAGCGACCAGAUCCAGAAAUCAGUCUUGGGCACGGUGUGAGAGGCGGCCUCUCAGCUUUCCUCUCCGGUGAUCUAGUAGCAGCAGCGAGCCCAGACCGCUCUCAGACCGCUUCAAAAGCUAUCAGCAAAACCAAAGCCACCUAUGCCUUACAAAGCGUUGAGUCAUGCGCACUCGCGUUCAAAGUGGUCGCCGAUCCCAAACGUGGCGUCCUCGUCUACGUGCGCGUCUACUCCGGAGCGAUUAACAGAAACGCACCGCUAUGGAAUACCAGUCUCAGUACGACAGAGCGAGCGCAGAAGCUACUGAAGAUGUACGCCAACGAUGCCAUGGACAUCGACUCUAUCCCCACGGGUCAGAUCGGCGUCAUCCCGGGCCUCAAAUUUGCACGCACUGGCGACACCCUCGUUUCUUACACCGGCGCCAAUCCGAAGACCGGCCCUCCGGCUCCAAUUAACAACCUACAGCUCCGUCCGAUCAAUGUGCCCCCGCCCGUGUUCUUCGUGAGUGUCGAGCCGCAGAGUCUGGCUGAGGAGAAACACAUCAAGGAAAGCCUGGCGUUACUGCUUCGCGAAGACCCUAGCUUGCAUGUCAGCCAAGACGAAGAGAGCGGGCAGACGCAUUUGGCAGGCAUGGGUGAGCUACACCUCGAGAUCGCGCGGGAUCGACUUGUCGCGGAUCUGAAAGCGAAGGCGAGGAUUGGCAGCAUUGAGAUUGGAUAUCGCGAGGCUAUCACUGCGGCCAGUGGCGAGCUGACCGAAGUCUUCGACCGCGACGUCGGCGGUAGGAGCUCGAAAGCUGCUUGUACCGCUUCCGUCGAGCCCGCCGCUGAGGGAACGCUAGAAGCAAAAGUCGAGCAGAUUCGUAUCUACGAGCUGGCAGACAACAAUCGCUUGGUGGUUUCCACACCAACGCUCGGGGCGGAUGGCUCGUCAGUUGUGGAAGAGCAGCCAGGUCUCCCAGAGCAGUUACCCUUGUCGGCAAUACUGCAGGCUAUACAGAACGGAACGUCUGCCGCCUUCGCCCGCGGCCCAGCUCAUGGUUAUCCGAUGCACUCGACACAGGUCAACAUAACGUUCGACCCGGCGAAGCAUGUCUUCGCAAACACUACGGCUGCGGCGAUCUCUUCUGCUGCUCGCCUUACGAUUCAGCAAGCACUCAAGGACAGUUCAAAGCGGUCAGAGACCGUGAUGAUGGAGCCGGUGAUGCUCGUCACCAUCAGUGUAGAUGAGGACACGCUAGGCUCAGUGGUCCACGACAUCUCGAGUGCCCGAGGUGGGAAUGUGGUCUCUCUUGGUUCGGAGACGGCAGACCCAUCGUCGCAAGCGUUAACAGUGAUUGACAUCAAUAAGAUCUAUGCUCCACCAGAUCCAUUUGCAGGCGGACAUGCGAGCGGAAAUGCUAAUGCAGCGAUUGGAGACGCCAAGCAGAUCGUGGCUCGUGUGCCGCUGAAGGAGAUGGUUGGAUAUCUGAAGCAUUUACGCUCGCUGACGGGCGGAAGAGGCACCUUUACCAUGGUUGUGGAUCGCUUUGAGAGGAUGAGUGCGCAGAGGAUGAGGGCUGUGCUGAACGAGCUGAGAGGGGAUCAUGACUGA